AUACCACGCACGCGAAGACACUCCUAUAAUAAGAGACUCAAGCGCAUUUCAGGACGCGCCCGGUUUGUCACGCACCUUGCCCAAACGCUGCGCGAUCGCUCGGCGCCUACGACUGUAACGACACAUAUGUCGUCCACUCAAGAGCAGAAGGGGCCGAUUAGGAGGUGGCCUUCUGGCUUCUGGACGGCCUUCAAUUGCUGGUGGCACGCCGAGUACCAACGCAUUAAGGCGCGGCCAACCUCAAAAUCAAUUUCCAGGUGGCACGGCGAGCACAGCAACCGAGUCUGGGGUGACGCCGCUGUGGGCCUGGCCGAGACGCAGCGGCAUGCCAACCGGAUGAAGCCCCGUCGCAGCGCUGCGGCCGUUGCGUUCCUCCGUCAUGACAGCUUCGACGGCGAGGACAUUGACGACGAGCUUGGGCCUGGCGCUGCUGUCGACACGCCGGGAGGCGACGCACUGCACGCGGCAGACCCGGCUGAGGACGUCGGCGACGCUCUGGACGGCGACCAGAAGGCAGCCGCGGCCGCUGUUACCGCAGAGGAACUGAACACCAGCUGCCUGCCGGGUGGCAUCGCUAGGCUCAUGAACGCAGACAGCGACCUGCCCGCGCCCGCCGCUGACGGCGCUGGCAUCGCCGGCGCCGCCGGCGCCUACGGCAAGCGGUUGGCCUCGCGCGCGGUGCGGCAGCGCUUCUCCGUCAACGGCAUCGCGGCCGCUGCGCCGUCCGCCGCCGACGGCGCUUCCCCCGCGCCCACAAUCGCAGGCGCCACCGAGUUGCUGCCUCGCUGGAUGCAGCCCGACCCUGUGCACUCAGCCCUCCACGCCGGCGACACCUCCACGCCGCACGCCGCCGCCAACGGCACCGGCGCCGUGUCCGCCAUGGGCCAGUGGGACAGCAGCUACUCGCUCAACACCAUCAACCAGCAGCCGCCGUGCACCUCGGCGUCGCAGCCGUACGGGGCCACCUGCGGCGUGCCCGUCUUCCCCGCCGACGCCCGCGCGCAUCGUGGCCAGACCGCCACCGGCCUCAAGCGCGGCUUCCAUGAAUCAGGCUGCGGCGGCGUGGAGACGGCCUCCGGCCCCGCGCGGCAGCGCAUGCGCUGCAACAGCAGCAACAACCCGCUGGCGGGCGCGGAGCUGGUGGGCGCCGCGUCGUCCUCCAACACCGGCUCGGCGGCGUCGGCGGCCUGGAUGCGCCGCGCCGACCGCGAGCUGGACGAACUGAUGCGCGACAUGGGCAUGCUGGUGGAGCAGGACGGCUGCGGCAUGGCGGGCGCCGCCGGCGUCGCCAGCACCAUGCGCGGCCUGGCGCCGCUGCAGCUGCCGGACCCCCGCCCGCACCGCGACCUGUCGUCGCUGCUGCUGCACGGCCCCGUGACUUCUGGCCAAUGCCGCUUCGAGCAGCUGCAGCAGCAGAGGCAGAAGCCGCUGGCCGCGCCGCAACAAGCUCCAGUCAACUGGCAGCUGCUGCAGCAGGUGCAGCCGCAGCUGGCCAUGCGCUGCGCCACUGGCGGCUGGCCGCUGCAGCGCGGCGCCUCGGUGGGUGGCUAUGAGAUCGAGGCCAUUGACAGCGUGCCCCUGGAGGCACUGUUGUGAUGCGCCGGCGGCAUAUCACAGGCGGCCCAGCGUCGCCUAUGUAAACCGCGUUGAACUUCUCUUGGUAUGCAUGGCUGCGCAAGACUGACUGCAAGAGGUAUUAGCCGGCAUCUCCGGCGCAAGAUUAAUCAUGGGCUGUUGCAUGUUAAGGAUGAACACAAGCUUCGUCGACGGGCACUUGGGGCGCACGGACGGGUAAGCCUAUCCUCAGGCGGGGGCGGCGACGCCCUCUUGCCCUGGGGCCCGGGCUUAGCCCAGAUUCGUCGCAAGAAGAUAUCCCUGCUUUGCAACACGUAUAGCGCGUGCAUGCGCAGUCCAGGGCAGCUUGAGGACUUGACACUUUAUCGAGGGGCAUAUUUGAGGGUGUAAAAACUGGCUCGAUGAUGCGGCUCAGGAUGCGGGGCAUGGUUCUCCCAGUUGCACAGAGUCGCCCGAACGAUCUGGCACUUGUGAGCAACGACUGUGUAGAUUAUCUAUGUCGCGCCCGGUGGCUCGUUUCAUAUUCAAUGUCCGCAUCCAGGUUGAGGCCGGCCAGUGUCUGGUUAGCGGUCUUGACUGGCAAGCAUAGCACGGCACAGUAUGUGCCAGGCCGCAGCAGUGAGGAGUGUUGGGGCUAGAGGGUUUCCUGCUGUUUGGUUUACUGCUGGCUGUGCUUGUGCUUGACAGCGGGACGUGGCUGGACGCAUGGCGGGCCGUGCCUGUACAAACCGAUGUCCGGGAUAUGAGAUAGACGCUUGCGGUCUCAGACUAGAGACGUGGCGUGGGCUCAGCCCACUUUUCCCUUGCGAGGGAAAACCACUUUCUUGUCAUCUUCAUGGUUGACGCUUUGCGUACGGUAUGCAUAAUCGGCGUGUGUACGUUACACGCGCGGGUUUAUGUUCCAUGUGCGCGGAUGUCUGCGUGUCGUCAGGAGAGAGGCUCAAGAAAGUCUGAGUAUUCUUCUGCACUUGUUGUGGGCACAGCGGCGUUAUAAGCUUGAUCGUGUUAAGCAGGUUGGGGCGGCUAUGUAGUAAUCCGAGUGAACUGGUGGCGGGACAGCAGGGUACUGGGGCAUGCAUUCGAACACGCCCACCGCUGCCUGCUCAGACUCCCUGCGACAUGAGCAGAGUACGAUACAAGUGCAUUCAUGCACACGACAUGGGUAUGAGAAGCGAUGCCAAUCAGCGGCAUUUGUGGAGUGGGCCUAUGAUAUGUUUGAUACGGUUUGUCACGCGUGUGUGAACUUACCACGAUGUCGACCGCAGGCGGACCUCCGUCUGCGUGUGCAAUGGUCGCAUGGGGUUCUUACAUGUAUGUGUGUGGAGGACGGCAACGGUUAGUGCGAGCGAGUGUGCCACCGCGGGGGCAUACACAGUCGAGGAGGCCCGGGCUCAGUUUGUCUGCGCGCAUCGGUUCCAGUGACGUGAAUUACCGACAGACGGUUCCGGGUAUUGUUAGGGGGAAGUGGCGCAAACUUUGGACUGUUGGCGUUUCAUGUGCGAGAGCUAGCCACUGUUUGACGACGGAUGCGUCGCCUUUGUUGCGCACAGUGUUUGGGGACGCGUGGCGUUUGCAACGGCCAGUCCUGGCUCUGCGCAGCGUCGUCUUUUAGAGGCCCCACUGUCUGCUAGAUGAAGUGUGCGAAACGCACAUAGUAAUGUACAUCUCACGUUGCCGUUGGGCUGUGGGGCUUAGAUCCGGUCAUCUCCAGCUGUUCGUUGUGAGGCUUGCCAUGUAUUUGGGCGCCUUGUGGGCCCAGUGCUGCACGUUAUGGUUUCCGUUCCUUCACCGAGUAUUCUCCGUACCUUCUGCACCUUGCAUGCUGCCUAUCCGGGCUGGCCACCUACACACUCACAUGUGUCGGGACCUGGCCCGCCUCAUACCACCCCGCACCCUGCCUACCGGAGGCUAAAGUUGAGAUUGCUAUCGGAUGUUUGCUGCCAUAGAAUGUUUGUUGCCGAGCCGGCAGAAGAAGAUUCCCUUCCAUGUCGAUCCAACUGUUGCAUCCGCCAGCCUUCAUCUGGAAGAGCACUUCAUUGAACGGUGAUAAAUGUAAAUCUCACAU